AUGAAGAUACACAGCCCACUACUACUUCUCUUUUUUCUUUGCACAGUACUCUUACUGGCUGUAGCCGUCCAAGCACAAGACGACGGAAGCGGCACAACCGAUCCUGGAACUGGUAACGAUGGCUCUGUUGACGGUACCGACGGUUCUGGCGAUAUCACCGACGGCUCUGUUGACGGCACCGACGGCUCUGGCGAUGUCCCCGACGGCUCUGGCGAUGUCACCGACGGUACAGACACUGGCGACGGCACAACAGACCCUACGCCCAGCGACGACACAGGCGCCACCGCACCAUCUGAUGCAGCAACACCACCCGACGCUAUUGACUCAGCUUCACCGACCGCAAGCGAGGCUGCACCCGCUGCGAGUGAUAGUGCAGUUGCCCCUGCCCCUAGCGAGGAUCCUGUAGGUACCGGCGUAGUCAGCGAAACCGCAUGCUCUGCUCUCAAACAAAUCUUCAACUCACUGAACGGCAACUCGUGGGUGAUCUCCACUGGAUGGUCGGGCACCGAUAUGACCAGUUGUUGCAAUGGCUGGUUUGGCGUUAGCUGCAACAACGGAGCUGUGACCAAAGUAGAAUUGCCCUACAAUAACCUCGCCGGUGCUCUUCCUGAUGUCUUUGGCUCGUUACCAAACUUGAUGACACUGGAUCUGAGCAACAACCAAAUCUCGGGCUCGGUUCCAGCAUCAUUAUCCAGCAAUAUGGCCAGCCUUCGUUUUCUGAACUUAGAUGUUAAUGAGAUGGGCGGUGGUCUGCCCGCUUUCCAGAAUAUGCCCAUGUUAAGCAGCAUCCACCUCAAGAAUAACUCGUUCACUGGCUCUAUCCCUGAUUCAUGGAGCAGUGUUCUUACGCUGACAGAUAUCUACUUGAGCAACAACAAUUUGACGGGUCCCUUCCCUGCUGCUGUUCUCAGUCUGACAAACCUUGUGAGCCUCGUACUCGAUAACAACCAGAUCAAUGGCGUUAUCCCUACCGGCCUUGGAAGCUUGACUGCUCUCCAAACCUUUAAUCUUAAAGACAACCACAUUCUUGGACCUAUUCCUGAAACCAUCGGCAACAUUACGGGACUUACCUCAUUGGAUCUUUCAAACAACCGCUUGCGAGGAAACAUCUCCCCAAGUGUUGGCAAGUUACAGAAUUUGAAGCGCAUUAUGCUUGGACAUAAUGGACUCAACGGCGCGAUUCCCAAUGAAUUCGGAACACUUGCUGCAUUAGAGUACAUUCAACUCAACUAUAACGCUCUAAACGGCCAAUUCCCGAGCUUCAUGGCUCCACGUGCACUUGGAUACUGCUACAUGACCCCUAAUCAGUUCCAACUUUGCCCCGAUCAGACGAUCGUUGGCAAUCCGGACAGUAUGGCGUUCCAAUGCGCCACUGACUGUAUCGUCGGAACUACUCGCCCAGGUGCUGGUAGCUCGACUCGCGUCAACCUUAUGACACUUACUACCUUUGCUUUGGUUGCACUUGCCUUUGUGCUUUUCUAA